UUGCAAGAUAUGUGUAAGACCUACAACAAAGUGACAGAGUUGUGCUUUAGUAAAUGUAUUUCAAAUAUGAAUGGGUUUCGUUUCACUCCAGAUGAGACAAGUUGUGUGGACCAUUGUGGUGGCAAAUUCAUUUCCAGUAACAAGGUUUUAAUGGCAACAUUCACGGAGAUACAAUUUAAAAAGCAACAGCAAAUGUUGGAAGAGGCACGAUCCCAACAGCAAGCUGAAGCCAAUAAAGCAAAAAUGAAUCCUUAA